GAACCUGACUGUUUUCUCUGAAGAACACUGAUGAUUCGUUCACACAGCAGCCAGACUUCUCCAUCAGUUUCUUUUAUUUAAAUAUUUCUAUUGGUUUUUUUGUUUGUUUUGUUUUGUUUUCUAAGAAUGGAGGAAGAGGUCAGCUAUUCCACGGUUGUUUUCAAAAAUGGUCGUCAGCCUCCAAAAGAGAAAAAUGAAGACAUGACUGUUUAUGCUGAAAUAAAACACUCAAGUAAAGACACUGCAGCUCCUCCAAUUCAGGCAGAAGCUGCAGCAGCCUCUCACACACGUCUGUUGCUGGUGUGUUUGGGUUUCCUUUGUUUCGUCCUGAUCGGGAGCAUCGUCGCCAUCAUCCACCUCAGUGUGAACCUCAGUGACGUCUCCAAAACAAAUAAGCUGCUGACUCAGGAAAAGAACAAGCUGGAGAACCAGACCGAGGAGAUCAGCAGACACAAAGAAAACCUCAACUGGACGCUGGGAGUCAUCAUGAAAUUCAACAACUUUCCAGUGAACGACUUCUGCCCUGACAAAAAGUGUCAGCCAUGUCGGAAAGGCUGGAUUCAGUACCAGGAAAAGUGCUACCUGUUUUAUGAAGACAGUCCUUGGAAGACAUGGAGUGACAGUCGACAGUACUGUAAAGAUAAAGCUGCAGAUCUGGUUGUUAUUGAUAACCUGCAGGAACAGGAAUUCAUCAGUACAAAUAUUAAGUUCUACUUUGACAUACAUCACGGAUACUGGAUGGGGCUGCAGAAAACUGACAACAAGUGGGUCUGGAUUGAUGGACGUGAGGACUCACUUGGGUACUGGGGGAAUUCGAAGGAUUCAAAUAUUUAUGGUCUGUUGAUACCUGGAACCAAUACCACACAGAGCUGGAACUCAAAAGAUAAUGGAUUUCUGAACAAAUUCAUCUGUGAGGAUGACAAAGUCCUGAUAAGGUCCAAUUAGCUAACACUGUGUUUGUAUUCUUCUUCUUCAUGUUACCUUAUAACAUAACUUUCUGAAUCAUCAGUUCUGGACAAUAAAACCUUUACAAAUAUGCAUCAAUGCUGUUUAGAAAACACAGUUUUAUUUUAUUUCACCAAAUGUAGAUACUUUUAAAUCCAGGUUAAAAACAUUUCUUUUCUCAUGAGCCGAUCCAUGAAUUCUUCACUGUAACGUUUUAGCUUAUCUUGCUUUUAAUCAUUUAAAUGUAAUUUAUUAUUUUAUUGUGAUUCUUGCUAUGUGUUGCUGUCUUUUACUAUUUCACAGUACUGUAAUGCCUUUGUUUUAUGUAAAGCACUUUGAAUGGUCCUGUACAUGAAAUGUGCUCUACAAAUAAACUACCUUGCGUUGCGUUGCCUUGAUAGAAUUAAACUUCUCAUUUAGAGUAA